AAAAUGUGAAAUGCAUUACAUUAACAUCAAUACGACAAAGGCGAUAUAUUGAUUGGUGUUUAAUUAUGGAGUGGUAAAGAUGUCUGAUGUUGUGGAGAAGACGCUGGCAUCCAUUCCAAAAUUCUUAGGUGGAGGAUUUCUUGGAGUAGGACAACCAUCUUCGCCAAAACACGCCUCUGUCCGUGGGUUCAGCAGCUUUCUUCGUCAGUUCAAUAAAGCGAGAUCGAAGAACGAGGAAGGACACAUUGUCCGACAUGAGAUAGCUGAAAUACAGCAGAGACUGGCCCAACCAGACACCACCAAGCAACAAACAUGUGACUGUUUGUGUCGGGCCAUAUUCUGUGAUCUAGUCGGCUAUGAUGUAUCCUCCGUCUACAUCCAUGCUGUCAAAUUGGCCCAGCAGGGGACUGGGUUCGAGAAGAGACUUGGGUAUCUAGUCUGUUCUUUAUUACUGAAUGAGAACCAUGAGCUGAUUUUACUCCUGAUCAACACCAUUCAAAAGGAUUUGAACAGCAGUAACAUCUUAGACAACUGUGUAGCAUUGACUGUAAUCUGCCAGUUGGUCAACUCGGAGAUGAUCCCAAGUGUACUGCCACUAGUUCAGGAAAAGCUCAGACAUCCUAGAGAGUUGGUAAGGAUGAAGGCUGCACUCUGUGUCCAUCGAUUUGUGCUGAAAACUCCUUCCAUGGUUGACCAUUUCCAGGAUCAGUUCCAGAGAAUUUUGUUUGAUAAAGAUCCAAGUGUCAUGUCUGUUGGAGUGAAGAUUUACUCUGUCCUUAUACAGACUGACGAACAUCACUUCCCUAAAUUGACUGAGAAUUUGAUUGGGAUUCUUGGUCAGGUGAUCAGUAAAAGACUGCCGUCGGACUUUGAGUUCCACAAUGUGCCAAUGCCAUGGCUACAGAUGGAUAUCCUACAGACAUUGGCCAGACUAGGGGCAGGGAACAAACAGAAGAGUGAGAUGAUGUACCCAGUACUGAAGGAAGUUUUACAGAGACUGGAUAUGAAGGAGAGAAUUGCUUAUGCUAUCCUGUAUGAGUGUAUUGUCACCAUCAGUGCCAUCUACCCAAAUGAGGAACUACAAAGGGAGGCAACUUCUUGUGUCAGUCGUUUCAUAAGGUCAACAAACACAAGUCUGAAAUACAUAGGUAUAAAGGCCCUGACAGCCCUGGUCAAGUGUUGUCCAGAGUCAGCCUUGGAGCAUCAGAUGACUGUAGUAGAGCUUUUAGAUGAUAAAGAUCUUGCAAUUCAACGCAAAACCCUGGAGCUGCUGUACUGUAUGGCUAACCCCAGUAAUGUCCAGGUGGUGUGUGACAGACUCCUUCAUCAUGUUAGCAUCAACACCACCAACAACUUCCUCCAACUUGACCUUGCUACCAAGGUCAUCCAGCUGGCAGACAAAUUCUCUAGUUCCAGCCAAUGGUAUGUUGACACAGUGUACAGACUUCUGUCGUCAUGUAGAGCAACACUUCCUAAUUCACUCAUUGACAAGGUCAUCAGUGUUAUUGAGAAAGAAUGUGAGAGAGACAACAAUGGCCAAAAAUCACAAGAAACUAUAGAGUUCCAGCAGUAUCUCCUGAAGAAAUCCCUCAGUACCAUGUUCCAAGACAGUGUUUCGCCUCAGCUGAUCCUGGUCUCUGUGUGGAUUUUGGGAGAAUGUGGAAAUCAUUUGAAAAAUAUGCCAAGUGAAAAAGUUAUCUCCCUUGUUUUAAAACACUUUCAAAAGAAGACACUAGAUGUCAGCACCAAACUGUGGAUGGCAUCAUCACUGACAAAACUUGUGUGUGCCAAAGUAUUGGACAAAGUUAUUGUUACAAAAAGGCUGGCUGAGGCUCUGGAGGAGGAGAAAGAUCCUGUAGUUAAACAGAAGUUAACAGAGAUGUUGAAUCUAGCGCACAGCCAGAUAGAACUGCUGCUUCCUACGGUGUCUUCUAGUCACGCCAAAACCCAACAACAGAUGGAUUUCACGUUGAGUUUCCUCGACGACUACGUGAGCCAGUCCCUAUCCGAAGGAGCGCUGCCAUAUAAACCACGGACUUUACGAUACCAACCACCACAGCCUGCCUCAGAUCUAUUCCAUGGAUUGAAUGAUGUAACCAAGGACAACACAGAGAGCACUGCAAAGGAAACACUGUCACAGGGGUCAACUGAGAAACAAACUGGAGGAUCAGAAGGAGGCAGUGACCUUACAGGGGGUCAAAGGGACAGUGGGCUCAACAUGGAAGGUGUGAAACGUGUUUGGGGCAGAAAGGGUGUAAUACCCAACCCUGACCCUAAUGCGUCAGUGGCUAGGGAACCUCAAAGAGGAGACAACCAGGAUCCUUCAGAGGGUCUCAAUGGUGUUGAUAGUGAGGUUGAAGAGGACAAGGCCAAAAAAUUGGAGCUAGCGACGGCAUUAUUCAGUGGAAUAACUGGGCCUACUAAACAGAAUUCUGGAGUAGAUGACAAGACAGAAACCUCCUCAUUACUGGAUAAUUGUUCCCAAGGAAGCAAGGACUCUGGAGGUUCCAGUUACGAGGCAUCAGGAAGCUCCAGUCAUGAGGCCAUGUCUGCCAAACCCCUCCCCACAGGUGACACAGGGGGCUGGAGAAAUCUACACAAACAAUCAACGUUCAAAAUUGAAAAUUCUCUCUCGCCAUCUAAUGAAACUGAACCUAAAUCAACACUCUUCAACGCUGAAGUAAAUGAACAGAACUUUUCUUCAACAGAGUUUGGUGGUGUUGAAGAACCAAAUAUGUUAGAACUUUCUACAAGUGUUUCUGAUCUCGACACAGACUUGACUGCAUCUCUGUAUGCGGAAGGGAAGGACGAUUUAUUAGGUGACAUUAGUGCAGUUGUUAAUUCUCCAAAUCUAUGGAGUCAAGGGAUUCAUAGAGACAGCAGUUUCUGUAACCUAGAUAAUCGCCCUUGUUUACCGGGCUCAACCAGUGCACAUAGCCUAUAUAACAUUCUCUCUCCAGAAAAUGAGAAUCAUCGAUUUGUUGCCAUGGAAACUGAAACUGAGAAACAGGUCCCAGAAGGAGACAUUACAGAAACGUUGUAUGAUGAAUAUACCGAUCAACCUUAAUGUAUAAAUCUACAAAUAAAAUCCGACAUUAUGUGUG